AUGCCCCUCUUCAGCAAGAAGUCCAAGGCUCCCCCGGCUUCUUCUACUCCAGCAACCUCACAGCCUGUCUACCUCCCUGUGCGUUCUGCCGAGAACCUGCUCCACCCCGCGCUUGCUCCACCGGACCCCAACGCCCCCAUCCAAGACAACUCAUACGGGCGCCGCCUGUCCGACUACCGUUUUGUCUACGACGACCCGCCCCUUGGCCCUGUCCUUCCUCAGCAACAGCCUCCACCUGAGCAGCCCUCAUCCUUGAGCCGCUCUUUCAGCCAGCGUCAAUCUCGUUCGCAGCGCGACCGCCCUACUAACAACCCCGUGGCCCCUGAGGAGGAUCUGCAACCUCGCCGCCUAAAGAAAAAAAGCCUUUUUGUGCGGCCAUCCUCCGGCAUCCUCGAGCGCAGCAUUUCCGUCAAGGGCAAGUCGAUCUCUCAUCCUCUCUCCCAGCCAGGAUCUCCCCGGCUGCCGCAAUCUGUGUCGCUACCGACGACGGAGGAACACCCGUUGCCUGGCCCGCAGCCUCACGAGGAGGGAAAUUAUCCGGCCUUAGUGCAGCCCUAUGAGCCGCGCUCGACCUCUCUUGCCUAUCAGCAGCAGCAUCAACAGAUCCAGCGAGAUCAGCAGUUAACACACCCGGCCCACCGUACCGAGAACCAGGAGUGGGCCCAGCAACAGCCCAUUCAGCCUCCAAACCCGGACCAAACGCGGCGGCCGCCCCCUCCCCUACAGCUCCAGCGAUCCAACACCGACCAGUCGCGUCCAUCGCCGACCGACUCGGCUGCCGAAUCGCCGCGACCUGACCCGGACCAGGUUCCUCGGGGACAGCCUCAGCCUCAUCCUCUGGCCCAGGAUCCGGUAUUGAACUCCCGGCCCUCUUCCCGGCAGACUUCCGAGCCGCUUUCCCCGUUGAAUUCCCAAACUCAUCCUGACGCCAUGCAGCACGCUCCGGCGCAGGCACCCCCGCAGGCUCAGGGCCAACCCCAGCAGCCAACUGAACGGCAAUCCGGCCCUCCCCCGCAAGACUCUAGUCGGCGGGGCAGUGCAUCCCAAGGCAUGCCGGACCAAGGACGGAGCACCCCUACAGGCGGGAACCGGGCUCGUGAGGAGUCCGGGGACACCGACAUUCGGGCAUUGAUUCAGAAACAUGAUGAACUCCAAGCCAAGUACUCCAAGGUCAAGCGCUACUAUUUUGAGAAAGACGCGCAAGUUCAGCACCUCCAGAACACCGUGGCACACCAGCGCAUGGCAGUGUCUCGCACGGUCCUCGAUGAUAAUGAGUACACCAACCGAUUCCAGCGACUGGAUGGAGCGAUCAAGGAUCUGGCCUUUUCGGUCCGCAAGGAAUGGCGCGGCAUCCCGCCGUGGCUCCACGGCCAGGUGACGGAUGACGCCGUGUCGGUUGGCACCAAGGAGAUGACCGCCGUGGGACGGGCGAUCAUUAGUCGGUGGCUGGUCGACGAGAUCUUCCACCGACACUUCCACCCGGCGUUGGAGCCCCACUUCAGCAUGCAGCUGAAAAGCAUCGAGAUGAACCUGCGCCGGCAGCAAGCGCGGCCGGCGACCGACGAGGAUCGCGACAACGCCGCCGUGCGGCUCUCCAACUGGCGCCGCACGACCUUUGACGGGCUGGGUGAUAUUCUGAUCGGCCCGGCCGCCGAGGAACACCGCGCCGAGCUGAUCGAGCAUCUCAGCGCCGAGCUGGCCUCCUUCAUGGGCUCCCAGCUGCACGAGCCCGCCCUUGCCGGCCUGGAAGCUGGCGUGCGCAUGAUCAUUGAGAAUUCGAUCAACAUCGCCGAGAAGAUCCCGCUGGAGGCGCGCGACGUCUGCGUCGAGUACUUCCCACCCAACAUCCAGUUGGCCGACCUCUAUAUGAAGGUCGAGGGCGGCUUGCCACCUCUCAAUCACCCGCUCGUGGGCCCGGGCGACCACGAGGCCGAGGAGCCGCCGACGACCGAGGGUGACUCCUCUUCUGGCUCGAACUCUGGCCCUGGAGAAGGCCAGCCCCGAGCCAAGAAGUCUGUCUUUGGUGCACUGAUGGGCCGCAAGUCGGCACCCGAAGCCAAUCGUCCGGCAGCCGGAAACUCGCCCGACGACAAGGCUGAUCUCCCAGAGUCUGCCCCGGCCCCAACUCGGAUUCGAUUUGCAUCGUUCCUUGCCGUCGAGGUGCGCGGCAAGGCUCCCUCCACCGUGCUGAUCAAGGCGCCGGUGUGGCUUGAAUAG